AUGCAUACGGCUUCCACGACGCUAGACGAUAUAAUAGAUGAGCUCAGGCUCAAGUACGACUCGUCAGUAGGGCUCCUAGAUGGGAAAGCUAUACGAGAAAUUCCAAACCUUAAUACCCUUUAUAACUUCGGUAAGCUUCUUGGAAAUCUUGAGAAGAACCUCAAGGAGGCUGAAGAGAAGGAUAAGAAACUUCUUGGAAAAGUUGAAACCAGGCUUCUGGAGGUUCAGAAGUUACAGGAGGAAAGGAAGAGAGAUCACGAGGAAAACGAAGCCGAGGAGGAAAGCAUCCCGUUAGCAAAGCGUCGGAAGGUCGACAAUGAGGCAAAACUGAAGUCAGAGGACGAAGGGGAUCGCGAAGGCCAGGAACGGGCAAGUAAAGAGGAUGAUGAAGAUGAAGAAAAGGAGCUUCACGAUGCGCAGGAUGCAUUCGAUGGAGAAGCAAACGAGGGCAGCAAAAAAGUUGCUGUUUCUCCAGGUAAACAUGCUGAAGAUGGUGAGGACGCUGAGCGUGUGAAUUCCAAGGACGAUCCAGUUCCGCCUGAACAAACAGGCUCAUACACCCACGAAAACGAUACACGACUCAAAAACCCGAAAUCAGAAUUUUUGCCGUCCCAGACGCUCUCUCAGGAUGCAAUUGCAGAGUUAGGAUUGUUUUCUGAAGAUAAUAAUGGCCUAGAGACCCAGGGCGCAGAGUAUCUUAAAAAGAAGUACGGUGUGGCUUCAUACCCAGAAAAUGACCUUAAAGACUUGCUAGCGGGAGAAAUUCCAAACGUCGAUUUUUCUAAACAUAAGCCGCCUUCUAACCAGGUCCAGUUCACUACCUACCAGUCGUACAUUGAAUCUUUCUUCCGUCCGUUCUCCAAUGACGAUAUUCGCUUUGCAAACGAAAAGUACGUGCUACCGCCGGGAUUCGAGAAAGGUGACUACGAUCCCGCUACAAGUCCGUACUUGAUUCCAAAGCUCGGGCCCUUCUAUGCGGAUGUGUGGGCCGAAGAAGAUGCCGCGUUGCGGUCGAAGUUGAGCUCUCCUGCUCCACAAAGACCACCUAUCGAAUCGUACAAGCCCAAAGGCACUCAUGAUGAAGUUAAUGAUGAAAAAUUACUCACAGAAGACGUUUCUGUUGGCCCCCUUCUGAGCAGAUUGCUCUCUGCCAUCCUAAGUAUACACGAAGCAAAGGACGCCGAAAAGGAUGAUGGGGAUGCUGACUCAAGCGCGAUAAAGGAUGAAGAUUCCCGCUCCGAGGCUAACAUGCCUCUUGACGAUGACGUGGCUACACAGCUCGAUAGUGAUGCCUACAGAGUGACCAGCGAGGUGAAUGAUUUUUACUCGAUGGAGGAGAGACUCAAACGAGAGCUCAAGUACAUUGGUAUUUUUAUGAAUUUGCCUGCCAAAGGCGAAAGGGGAAGACGGGGUGGUAGUAUCAUCGAUAACGACGAAUGGCUUCUUCAUAAGGAAGAUGACGAAGUCAGUGCUGAGAUGCGUGUUCUUCAGGAAGAACUCAAGGGCGCCGUCGUACGCAACAGACAGAGAAAGAAAAUUCUCGUUCCAAUUAUCGAAGAGCAACUUGCCUACCAAGAAUAUUGUACUAUAUUAGAGGACUUGGACAAUCAAGUCAACACAGCUUACACAAAGAGACUCAAGGCGAAGAGCAGGAAGAAGAAGACUCCAGAGGCCACUGUUAAUGCUGCACAACAGCAAGCCGCCAAUAGUGGCUUGAGGGCACUCCUCGAGAAGAGACGCCGCUGGAUCGAGAAUAUUGGUCGUCUAUUCAAGCCUCCACAUCUCAUGAAGAGAAUUCCUAGCGCGUCCAUCUUUAAGGACCAGGUACACUCUGAUGAUGAAGAGGGAGAGGCUGAGGUUGACGUUGUCAACGAGGAGGAGACGUAA